CAGGAAACGGACAGAAUAUCUGGGAUUGCACGAUGAUCGGAAAGCGGUAUUUCCUCCUCUCAGUUCUGCAAGCUGUCGUGUCAGAGGAAUGGACAGCCAACAUUCAACAAGAAGUUAGAGUGCGGAAGGGCCUGUGUGCACACAUUCAGUGUCGCUACAGCUAUCCAUCACGUCUGGCAAAUGAUCAACGGGUAGGAAUCUGGUUUAACUCAAAUUACCUGUCUUCACAGUCACAGAUAGCCUUUCACUCCACGGAUAGCAAUCAUGUAAUGCCAAGAUAUCACCAUCGGACCCAGCUCUCUGGAAGCCUGAACGACAAUGACUGUUCCCUGAAUAUAAACAAUGUUACACAGGAAGAUGAAGGUCCUUAUCACUUCAGAAUUGAAUUUAAAGGUUCGGAUUGCUAUAGCUACUCCACCAUAACACAACUACGUGUUGUAGGGGAAGGCACAGAAAGAUCCAGAAUACAAACUGAACUGGAAUGAGAAUGAAGAUCACAAUGUGUAUGAAAAUUUCCACUGUGAUGUGGAUUCCAUAUAUGCGAACAUGUAAUUGUAUCAAGAACAGGAAAUGCACUGGAGAGGACCAAUUGAAAUCCCACUUCUCCUUCUAAGAAUCCACAAGAAUUCAUCUUUAAAAAAUACUCCCAAUCACACUGGAAAAGAUGUUUUGGAGCAAUGAUAUAAUGGACAUCAUUCUUACUGCUUUUAAUUCUUUCCUUCCUUUUCAGCCAAAAACAUCGACUGUUAAUUUCUUUCUAUAAAUGCUGCUUGACCUGCUGAGUUCCUCCAACAUUUUGUGUGUGUUGUUCUUUAAUUCCACAAGAACUGCUUCAGGACAGUCCCUCUCCAGUGGGACAAUCAUUAAUGUUCAUCUAUGUUCAAUCCCUGGUGUGGGAGGGGCUUGAGUUAAUUUCAUUUUGUAAUUCCAGUAUGUGAACGUUUAAGAUUAUGGGCUCCAUUGUCCAGACAUCAGGGCUGGGGAGUAGAUAAGUAGAUGGUGGUUGGGGGAUGACUGUGAAGGGAUGGGGGAGAAGACAAUUAGACCUGGACAAGUUAACAUAAUUUCCUCACUGUUUGAAAGUCAUGUGGUAAUCUGCUUGUCUUCAUGCAAUACUCUAAUUUUAUUUUGUCAUUUAUAAUAAGAAAAAUAUGAAGUGGGAAACAAGGGAACGAGGUGGGUUUUUGGAGUUUCUUUACGGACUGUGCUGAAGUGCUGGAGAUGGAUCUGACAGCGUUACUGUUCAAUGAUGGGAGCCAUUACAGAAACGUUCACAUACUGUAGGCAUUUUCUUUUGUACAUAUGGAUGGAGGACUCUGGGGUAUUGAGGUCAAGCUUAUUGCACUAAUCCAUGUGUGCACAGAUACAGUGAAAAACUCGCUUGCUGUAGUAUCACAGGCAAAUCGCAUAAUGGACAGUGCCUAUAAAAAGUAUUCACCACCUCCCCCCGGAUGUUUUCAUGUUUUAUUGUGUCACAGUAUUGAAUCAUAGUGGACUUAAUUUGGCUUUUAUUGACACUGAACAACAGAAAAGGACUCUUUCAUGUCAAAGUGAAAACGAACUUUACAAAGUGAUC